UCGAGAAAAGGUUAAAAACAACAUGGAAUUUUUGGGUUUUGUUAUACUUGAGAAUCGCCUUAAACCAGAUACUGCUAAAGUAAUAAAUGCGCUAAACACAGCCAAAAUUCGAACUAUAAUGAUAACAGGCGAUAAUAUUUUAACUGCAAUAAGCGUUGCUCGGGAUUGUGGCAUAGUAGGUCCCUCGCAAGCAGUUAUAACUGUGCAUGCAGAUCCAAUUGGCGACAGUGCAAACUUCCAAACUAAUACCGGUACAGAGUGUAAUUUUGAUAAUAGUUCAGAUAAACACUACAAGUUGCACUACACCUUAGAUUUUGGUAGCAAGACGUCUCGGGCAUAUCUUUUUAAAUCAAAAGUAACCUUUUUGACCGGGAAACACCUGAAUUCACGGCCCACGUUGGAAAAACUAUUUUUCAUAUGGAGUCGACGAAUUCAUUAGUUAACGAAUCGAGUUCUAGUUACGCAGAAAGUGGUUUGCCGACAAGCGAUAGUUUGGCCAGUGUAAAAACUAUAGACACUUGGACCCACAAUGAUGCUGAGCUUGGUAUAAAACACACACCAGACGAAAGCUGGCGGCAAGAAUGUAUAUUUGCAAUGGAUGGUAAGACUUGGCAAAUUGUAAAAGAUCACUUUCCAGAGGAAAUGGAAAUUCUAUUGACACGGGGUUCUAUUUACGCCCGAAUGUCACCCGAUCAGAAACAGGCACUAGUUAUAGAACUUCAAAACUUGGACUAUUGCGUUGCCAUGUGCGGUGAUGGAGCCAAUGACUGUGGUGCACUGAAGGUGGCUCACGCUGGUAUUUCCUUAAGCGAGACUGAAGCAUCCAUAGCAUCGCCAUUUACUUCACGAAAUCCCACAAUUUCGGCGGUUUUAAAAGUUAUUAAGGAAGGACGCGCUGCAUUGGUCACAUCGUUUGGUAUUUUCAAGUAUAUGGCAGCCUAUUCCCUGGUUCAGUUCAUAUCUGUUAUGAUUUUGUAUUCCAUCGACUCUAAUUUGACGGACAAGCAGUAUCUAUAUGUCGAUCUUGGACUUAUAUCAAUAUUUGCCUUCUUUUUUGGUAAAACCGAAUCAUUUGAUGGAAAGCUGGUGGAACAAGUUCCGCUUAGUUCAUUAAUAUCCUACACGCCAUUAGCUUCCCUUUUACUACAUCUUACUGUUGUAACAGCAUUUCAGGUGACUUGUUGGAUUCAUCUGCAUCAACAGCCGUGGUUUAAACCUUUCGAGCCUGCGGGUGAAGAUCAUUUAGGUUGCUAUGAAAACUAUACAAUGUUCUGCAUAUCUAGUUUCCAGUAUGUUAUUCCACCUUUUGUUUUCUCCAAGGAUGCGCCAUACAUACCAUUAAGACAAGGCACAGCUAGGUUGAGACGCCUUGCUACACCGCGAAUCUAGACGGGCGUUGGACCGUCGAGUGGAGUCCUUAAAGAGGUGUUGUUGGUAAACACUUGAAAAGAAUAUGAAAUGAAAUCGAUGGAAACACACAGAGUUCAGGUUCAGUUCCAUGAACGAAGUUUCGGCGAGUGAAAAACUUAACACAAAUCUGGCUAAAAGUCAAAUGAAAAAUGUUAUCGUUUGAUUACAAUUUUUUGUUUUUGUUCAUUGGUUUUCAAAGCUCCAUGUUUAGGUGGAUUUGUUUUUCACUUUCCCAGCUCACAAUCUAAAACUUCCUAAUAGCUUUGUUUCUUAAGAUCGUAAGAUUUAAGGUAAAUGGAUGAAAGUGAAGGGAGAAUCAACCUGGUAAUGUCCUUUACGCUUCGGGAGUUACAGAAACCGAAUCAAAUUUAUUAUUUCAUAUGUAUAUAGUGAAAACGUGAAACGGGGAGGUCUCAUCCAAACCAAAACAACUGACAGCAACAACAAGAGCGAGAAGACCAAAAACACCGACACGUGCUUAGACUUCAAUCGCAGCUUUCCCAACUUCCAGUGGCACUCAUCCCCAAUGUAAAUUUAGUAAACAUUACGUGAUCCUUUGUCGUUUUUGAAAAAUGCACCGACGUUAGCGAUUAUGGUUUCGCACACAUAUCCCAAAAAAAAAAAAAAA